GCCUCAUAGCUUCAGCUUCAGCUUCAAAAGGAUACACACACACCAUGUAGCACGUUAAAGUGAUGAACGACUCCGAAUAUUUGAUGGAACAAGUGUAACUGACUGCAUCCAACCCUCCACUGCCCCCAAUCCAGCUCUCACUUGACCAACAGUAGGCUACUCCAUACGAACAAGAGUUCCACCUUCACAUAUCGAACUAGAUAAGUUCCUUGGUCUCAGUCCAACACCCUCUCGCCGUGAAUGUGAAUUCUCUUCCUCGAAGCUAUCCACAAGGAAUAGCAGCAAUGAAAAGAAAAAAAGAUUGGUUGUUAUGCAAGCAAAAAUUGCGACGCCGAAGCCCCCGAAGGAGAUUCGAACCAGAACCGCUCCGCGCUGUGCAAUGCAGGCGAUUCCGAUUGAUCAACUGGAUUUUUGAGCUCAGCGAUCUCAUCAAGGUCUGGAACAGAGUUAGCAAAUUGUCAAACGUAUGGGGGAGUUGGGGGAGUACGAACAAGUAUGAAGAGAAGAAAGAGGAGGAAGAGGGCAAGAAGCUACUUAAGCAAAGUUGCCAGGGAGCUUGGGCCCCAUCACGUGAUUUGGCGCUAGUGAUGGUCACCGCUUCUCUGAGGCUCCAGCACGUGGCUAGGCUAAGCCAUUUACGGACUCCGAGGUGGGAACGACACUUGAAGCUUUUGCUGGUCGAUGGAAUCGUGAGGACAGACAGGACAGACCAGCAACAACAUAGUCUGCCGUCCAUAGCCAAUGGAGUUAGCGUCUCUGGCUACAUCGAAAUUUCUCAUCCCUCAUUUCUCGUCUCUCAAUUCCUCAUCCUUCCCAGUAUGAGUAGACCCUCGCUUCAAUUCCUUCGUCCAUGCCUCUCCCGAAGCUUUAGGCCCCUCCUCAGGGUUGAACAUGCCCGCGUAUACACCGCAGUACAAUGGAGACUAGCUCAUUCUGCCUCUGAUUCGUUUCUUGGACCGCACGAUGUCGAGAAGCAGAAACGCCUCGAUCAAUUGCGCAAUGUGAAGCCUUUGGAACAAUAUCAUCCCCGCUUGACGCAUGCUCCCGGGCUGGAUAGAUUGACUAUCAGAGAGUUCAAUUCCAAAUAUGAUACUAUCCAGGAAACGCAGUCUGACCUGGUAUCGCUAUUUGCCACAGGCAGGGUACGAUCAGUACGUCUCGCCGGCUCAAAGCUGAUGUUCCUUGACAUCGAACGGGAUACCCAACGCGUGCAAGCUAUGAUCGAGCUGAAAAAGCUCGUCGCCAAAGACGCUAGCCUAGAAGACGGCUUUAAAGCUUUCAAAAAGAUCGUCCGAAACGGCGACUGGGUGGCCGUCCAGGGAAAUCCCACAAGGACCCCGUCUGGGCAACUCACGUUGUCGGCACUUGAUGUGCCCAAAGUCCUCGCUCCUUGCCUACAUCAUGUCCCCGACAAGAUCGAAGACCCCGAGACUCUUGCACGGCGCCCUCAUAUCCACUCCCUCACAAGUGAAGAACCUGCAGAUGUGCUACGACUCCGUGCUUUGGUGUAUGACUAUAUCAGGAACUCUCUAAUGGAGAGCGGUUUCCUCGAAGUGGAGACUCCCAUACUCGAAGUGAAAGCCGGCGGUGCCAUUGCCCGACCCUUUGACACCGUUGCCAAUGAAAUGUCCAACAUGCACUUGACGCUUAGAAUUGCCCCAGAGCUCAGUCUCAAGCGGCUGAUUGUUGGUGGCCAGGACAGGAUCUUCGAGAUUGGUCGCGUCUUCCGAAACGAGGGCGUCGACAACACUCAUAACCCAGAGUUCAGUAUCUGCGAAUUCUACGAAGUCGGAGCCACUCUCCCAGCUUUGAUCGAGAGGACAGAGAAGCUCAUCCACGACCUCCACGUAACCGUCGAGUCACUUCGCUCCAGCUACUUCCCCACUCUCACCCCACCCGAGGGCAUCGACUUCAGUUACCCCUUCGCGCAAUUACCCUUCAUCCCCACAAUCGAGAGGAUGAGCGGCCGCAUGCUCCCUGACCUUGCCGCUCCCAAUACCUUAGAAGAACUACAGGACUACUUCCACCGUCUGAGCAUUCCACUGCCGCCCAAUGCGAACGUUCCACGGCUGCUCGACGCCCUAGCCGAGAAAUACAUUGAACCUCUGUGCCAGAAUCCUACGUUCAUAACGCAACACCCCGAAGCGCUCUCUCCUUUGUCAAAAUCCUACGUUGAUGAGGCCACCGGCCAACGGGUGGCGUCCCGGGUGGAACUCUUCAUCAACGGCCGCGAAUACGUCAAUGCAUAUGAGGAGGAGAACUCACCGUUCGAGCAACGAAGGAAGUUCGUUAUGCAGCAAGACUUCCACCAAGAGGGUGACGGCAAGAUUGAUGAAAGCUAUCUCGAGACGCUGGAAUGGGGCAUGCCACCGACCGGAGGCUGGGGCUGCGGGUUGGAUCGACUGGUGAUGCUCUUCGCCAACAAGAAGAGGAUCGCAGACGUUCUUCCGUUCGGAACGUUGAGGAACGUCGCAUCCAUUUCGAAGACUGACUAA